CAUUGACCCAGGGAGAUGAGGUCUGUACACUUCGUGGUGCCUGUGUUCUUUGGAACGGAGGGAUCUAUGGGAGGCUAUUUAGGUCUGUGCACCAGGACUCUGGGGCUGGAGGCUGCGGAGAGCUCCAGCGUGGAUCUGCAGCCCAACACAGUUCAAGCUAUGGGGGCAGCCAAGCUCCUCUGGGCCCUGGCUCUGCUGUCACUCGCCGCUCCAGCCAUUUCGGAUCCUCAUUAUAUGGUAAUUGUUCCAGCCAUCAUUAGCCAUCCUACUAUGGAAAACAUCUGUGUACUCCUACGUUUCCUCCCAGAGACUGUCAACCUCCAAGUAACAUUGACGAUAAGGACUCAGAACUACACUUUAGUAGACAAAGAUGUGGAGAAGCCAGGGACCUUUGAGUGCAUCAGCUUCCGGGUCCCUGAUUUUCUUUCCGGUGCAACGUCUAGCGAUAUCGAAGACACCGUGGCCAGUGUGCACGUUCUAAUUCGAAAGGACGGCAUUGUGAGCUUUGAGGGCCGGAAGAAGGUGCUGGUGAGGAAUGCUUUCAUCAGGCAUAUCAUAGAGCCAGACAAGCCCUUUUACAAGCCCGGAGAAACAGUCAGCUUUCGUAUUGUGAGGCUUGAUGAAGAAUUUAAGGCCAUUAAUAGAACCAUCCCUCUGAUACAGCUGGAAGAUCCUAACGGGAAUCGAAUUGGCCAGUGGGUGGAUGUGGAGCCUCGUCACGGCAUUGUGGAUUUGUCGUUCCCUCUGGCCUCUGAAGCAGCCCUGGGAACAUAUGUCAUCACAGUGGGAAAUGCUAAUCCUGAGCUGGGAAAGAGAAGAUUCACAGUUCAAGAAUAUGAGCUGCAUAAAAUCGAAGUGUGGUUUGAGCCCACACCACUGAUCCGCACUUCAGAUGAAGAAUUUGAGGUCACAGUGUGUGGCAAGUACACAUAUGGAAAGACUGUUCGAGGAAUUAUAUAUCUCAGUUUGGAAAGGAGAAUAUCAUUUUUUUUUGCAAGUGAUACAGAGGAAACAUUAUUUCACAUUAGGAAAGAGUAUACAGGCCAGACAGACAAGACCGGUUGCGCCACUUUUACUAUUAACGGGACUGAUGUUAAUCUGAGUCAAAAAGGCUAUGACCGUUCCAUUCAAGCUUCUGCAGAAAUGGAGGAGGAAGGAACAGGAGUGAAGAGCACAGGAGAGGAUACCAUCAUUAUCUCUGCCAAGGAGGUCGAAUUGCACUUUGUCUUACUCAAUUCGUUCUAUAAGCAAGGUUUCCCAUACACUGGAUUGAUGUAUGUUUCAGUUGAAGGGUCACCUAUCCAGAAUCGAACUGUCUACCUCACUGUUGAUGUUGAUGACGUCCAGACCCACACAACAUAUGUCACAAAUGAGAACGGGGUUGUCAACUUCUCCCUAGACACAACAACCUGGAAUAACACCAUGGUAUCCCUAAGGGGUAGAUACUCCAUGGAGAAUGCAACCCAAAGUGAGACGUCUCAUAUGUCAAUCUUUGAAGCUUUCACAUGGCUGAAGCCAUUCUACUCAGAGAGUAGCAGUUUCCUUGAGAUCCAGCAACUGGAGGAAGAGGUGCCCUGUGGAAAGGAUCAGGAAGUACGGGUGGAAUACAUCCUCGACCGGAAAGAAUUGGGCCCCGACGCCGACCAUGUAGAUUUCUACUACUUGGUUUUAUCAAAAGGGAAGAUUGUCUACAGUGGACAGAAGCAGGUGACAGUUGGCCAUGAGGAAACACUGAAGGGCAGCUUCUCUCUCAUCCUGUCCACAAGCUCUGAUGUGGCGCCCAUAGCCAGGAUUCUGGUGUAUGCUGUGUUUGAUGAUGGCGAAGUGGCAGCUGAUGUGGACGUGUUUCUCAUAGAAAAGUGCUUCAAACAGAAGGUGUCAUUGAGCUUCUCAGAGGAGGAGCAGCUUCCAGGAUCAGAGGUCAAUCUGCAGAUUGAAGCUGCUCCUGGUGCCCUGUGUUCCCUCCAUGCUGUGGACAAGAGUGUCGUCCUGAAGGAGAAUGCAACUCUGACCCCAGAAAAGGUGUAUGCUGCUCCUAUGUUUUAUGGGUCUGAUACAAUUACUGGAAGAGGAUUUCCCUAUCGCUUAGAAGAUUUUGAGCCAUACCCUUGUCUGCGCCCUUUGGGUCCUAGUCAGAGGCAAAAGCGGUCCUUGAAGGUAGCCCCUUGGUAUCAGAGUGAGGCUGACGUUUAUAGUCUGCUUAAGCAACUGAGAUUGAAAAUUUUCACCAACCUGGAAGUUAAAAAGCCUGUUUCUUGUGAGCUUCCACAUCCGGAGAGAAUUGCUUUCAGGAGAAAUGAAAUUGGUCUCCCAGGUGUGUCAGGUCCUGCAGGUAGUGCCAAAGAUACAGAAGUGCCUCUGGUUCUUAACGCCAUAGAAAACAAGAUGGACGAGAAAGCCAAACCCAGGACAUAUUUUCCAGAGACCUGGAUCUGGGAUUUAACACCUGUUGAUGAGGAAGGGAAGGCAACUCACUCAGUCACGGUUCCAGACACCAUCACGGAUUGGAACGCGAAUGCCUUCUGUGUGGCGGACAUUGGCUUUGGACUCUCCCAACCGGCCACGCUCAGGGUUUUCAAGCCAUUCUUCGUUGAGCUGGUGCUGCCGUAUUCUGUGGUCCGUGGAGAGACGCUGCAGCUAAAGGCCACUGUCUUCAAUUACCUCAAGGAUUGUAUCCAGGUGAGAGUACACCUGCUGGAGUCUCAAGACGUGGAGGUGAAGCCCUGCCCAGAGUGCCACUUCACCACCUGCCUCUGUGCAGAUGAGGCCAAGACCUUCUCCUGGAAUGUGACCGCUACCCAGCUAGGCCAGGUCAACCUCUCGGUAACCACGGAGGCCGAAGAGACGCAAGAGCUGUGCGGCAACCAGAUAUCUGUGGCCCCGGCCCGAGGCCGCUCAGACACGGUGGUAAAAGCCCUGCUUGUCAAGCCUGAAGGCGUCCUUGAAGAAGAGACCCACAACGUGUUCCUUUGUUCUUCAGGGGACCCCGUGCUGGAUGAAGUUUCCCUGGAGCUGCCAGGAGAUGUGGUGUCGGGCUCUGGCCGAGCCACCGUCUCUACCAUUGGAGACAUUAUGGGUGCUGCACUACAAAAUGUAGACCAGCUGCUUCAGAUGCCCUUUGGCUGUGGUGAGCAAAACAUGGCCAAGUUUGUUCCCAACAUCUUUAUACUGCAGUACUUGGAGAAGACCAACCAGGUGACCGCUGAGAACAAGGAGAAGGGGACGGAAUACAUGAAGAGCGGGUACCAACGUCAGCUGCUCUACAAACGUGACGAUGGCUCCUACAGUGCCUUUGGGAAGCGUGAUAGCGAGGGCAACACCUGGCUGACGGCUUUUGUGGCUAAGGCGUUUGGCCAGGCGAAGCCCUAUGUCUAUAUUGACGAAAAGCACGUCCAAGAUGCCCUGCAAUGGCUGAGUCAGCACCAGCGUCCCAGUGGCUGCUUUGAAAGCGUGGGGCGGCUCUUCAACAAUGCCCUGAAGGGCGGCGUGGAGGAUGAUCUCUCACUGACGGCCUAUGUCACUGCCUCACUGCUGGAGGCCCACGUGGAGAAGAACCAUUCCAUGGUACAAGAUGCCUUACUCUGCCUUAAGAAGAACUUAACUUCUGUGAGCGAUGCCUAUCCCAAGGCCAUAUUGGCUUAUGUUUUCACAUUGGCUGGGGAGACAGAGGCGCGGCAGCAGCUGCUGAAAGACUUAGAUGAACUGGCGAUCAAAACAGAAGGAGCCAUAACCUUUUCAGAGACGGAGACAAGCGCCUACGUCCUCUUGGCUUACCUCUCCACGUCAGAGGUGUCCGCAGAUGACAUCACGUACGCCUCCCAGAUUGUGCGUGCCCUGACCCGGGCACAGAAUUCGUACGGAGGCUUUUCCUCUACACAGGACACCGUGGUGUCCCUGCAGGCUUUAGCCAAGUAUGCCGGCUUGACGUAUCGUGAGAUCGACGAUCUAAAGGUGCUGGUGAAAUCCAGUGGAGGUUUCCAGCAUGAAUUCCAUGUGGGCAAGAAGAACCGGCUGUUACUGCAGCAGGCCUCACUCCCAGAGGUGCCCGGUCAAUACAAGGUGGAGUUAUUGGGGAGUGGCUGCGUGUAUGUGCAGACUAAUCUUCAAUAUAACAAAGUGCCUCCGAAGCCUGAAGGUUUUCUUCUGCAUGUGGAGACAUCACCAAAGGAGUGCAACCAGACUACUAAGAAACAUUUUGAUGUCAACCUGCAAGUGAGCUACGCAGGGCAGCGAGAAACAAGCAAUAUGGUCCUGUUAGAGGUGAAUAUGCUAUCUGGGUAUAUCCCUGUGAAGAAGUCUGUGAAAAAGCUGCUAAUAAAUCCCCUAAUUAAGAAGGUGGAACCUGAGCAUGACAAGAUCAGCAUCUAUCUGGAUCAGCUGGAUCAUAGUGUCCAAAACUAUGGUUUCUCUGUGAAGCAGGAAACUGAAGUGAUGGACCUGAAGGCAGCAACUGUGAACAUCUAUGAUUACUACCAUCCAGAAGACAAGGCGGUUGCUGAAUAUAACGCUCCCUGCAGCGCAGAGAGCAUGAAGGAAGAUCAACACUAGUUCUGUACCUAAAGCAUGAAGCAGCACCUGGACAUUGAAAUUGAUGGCGAUCUCCCUUCUUAUGCCAUUGCUCUUUCAGGCUGUGUAUGGCCUGGCCCCAAAGAUCCGUAUGAGCAAGUGGAAAGCACUUUUGCUUCACGUGUUUGUAGUGGCUGCUGAUAUCCCCUUCCUGCCUGUAUCCCCAACUCCACCCAGGCCCACCUGAGAGUCCCUCAACCCUCAGAAGUAGCUUUUGGGUGGCUUUUUCAGUCAAAGGGAACACUGGCAGUGCCCCGUGCAUCUGCAGAAAUGCUUUCUUCCACUCAUGUACAAGGUGACUUGGCAAUCAUGACACAAUAUGUGAAAAGAGCUGACCUUUUGUUUAAGCUUUCAAUUUUCUGGUCAUGGAGUGCAAAGUCAGAAUGAAAAGCUAUGGAGAGAGAGAAACCGUGCUAUGUUAAUUUUUUCAAGGAUAUAUACUUUUACUUGGAUGGACAAGGAUAUAAAAACGAUAUGGGUUCAGAAUGACCUUGUCUGUAGUCAUUAUGAUAAUAACUGUAUGGUGAAGAUAUGCUAUCGAAGAGUUCAGUGUACUGCUGUUUAAUUAUUUUAAAAGGGUGAUUACUUUUUGAAAUAAUCCUAUUUUCUCAAAGAAUGAGAAUCAUUACUCACUGUAUGCCAAGACCUGAUAAUAAAACCUACUUUUCGUUUA